CCGCUUGUUUUCGCUCAUUAGAUAGGAAUGCGAUGGAAACGCAGACAAGCCAAGAAUAUUUCAGAUCCGUCAGUAGUGAAUCUUCAUCUUACAUGAUGGCAUCAGCGAACAAUCGGCGAGAUGCUCCGUCCAAGUUGUGCGUAGCUAUGGUGGUUAUCGUCGUGGUCGUACUGCAAAUAGCUUCGACCACAGGACUCUUCGUCUACCUAAAUAUGUCAAUAUCUCAGGUGAAGACCCAGGGGGUGACAGAGGAGCUUCGGUGCCUGGGCCUGCUGAAUGCCCUGGACAAGGAUCAGGAGAUCCCCCCAAACCUGGCCCAGCUGUUUGGGGAGCCCUGUAUUAAAUUGGCAGAGGGCAUCAAGGCCUACAUAUCCAAGGUGACUGAGAACAUUGUUUCCAAAUACACAUUUCAAGAAGCCCAAGCUCAGCCUCGCAUCAAUCACGUCAGUACCAGUGCUACAUCCCCACGACCCUCCGCCCACCUCACACUCCGGGACAGCGGUCUGCAAGUAUUCGCCCCCCAGCCAGACCUGCACCAGUCAUGUCGUCACCCACUGAGGUCCUGGGGCAACCACAGUUUCGGGGCUCACCUGCACAACAUGAGCCUGUGGAACGGGCGGCUGCGUGUGCCCAGGGAAGGGCGGUACUACCUGUACUCGCAGGUGUACUUCCGCUACCCGUCGCCCGGCCAAGGCGACCAGAGCAGUCACCAGCUGGUGCAGUGCGUGUACAAGAAGACGUCCUACGCCCGGCCCAUCCAGCUGCUGAAGGGCGUGGGCACCAAGUGCUGGGCGCCCGAUGCUGAGUACGCCCUGCAUUCGGUGUACCAGGGCGGGCUGUUCCAGCUCCAGGCGGGGGACGAGGUGUUCAUCUCCGUCUCCUCGCCCAGUGCUGUACACGCAGACGACUCCUCCAGCUACUUCGGGGCUUUUCGACUCGACCUGUGACCCGCUCCGGAGGGACCAGGCUGCCCUUUGAACUUUGAAAAGCCUCACAUUUUUCCCCUGUCUCCCUCACUCCCACCCCUCCCACCUCUCAUACUCCAUGGAACGUGUGUGCACUGCGUGCUGAACAGGGGCACUGCUUUACA